AUGACAAUCAACGGGAUAUGGGAGUGGGCGAACCACGUAUCACAAAAAGUAGCUGUAGAGACGCUUCGUGGGAAGGUAAUUCGGGAAAAAAAGUGUUUUUUAAAAAUUUUGAAAAAAUAUUUUUUUUUUAAGUUUAAAAAAAUUGUAAAAAAUCAAAUUUUCAGAAUCCAACGCCUUCGAGAGCUCAAAAUCACCCCAAUUGUGGUUUUCGACAGUAUCAGCACUAGCUCACCGGCUCAUGAAGGGGCAGAUCAAGAAGAAUUUGUCCCUAGGAAGCGCCGGAGCUUUGGAGACUCCCUAUUCACGAAUCUGGCGGAUCCGGUGUACAAAACUAAUAUGCUCCUUUCCCAGAUGGGCGUCAAAGUGAUCAUUUCCCCGGGCGACGGUGAGGCUCAAUGUGCUCGUUUGGAGGAGUUGGAAGUCACUUCUGGAUGUAUUACCACGGAUUUCGACUAUUUUCUGUUCGGCGGAAAGAAUUUGUAUCGUUUCGACUUUACUGCCAGUGGAAAUGUCGCACUUUUACACGAUGUGGUCCAUUUGUCGUUGGGAAGGAUGAAUAUUGAGAAAAAAGUCGACCGUCCGCACCUCAUCUCCACAGCGAUCCUCCUCGGAUGUGACUAUUUCCAGCGUGGCGUUCAGAAUAUAGGCAUCGUCACCGUUUUCGACAUUCUCGCAGAAUUCGGAGACGAUGGAAAUGAAGACGUCGAUCCACACGUGAUUCUGGAUCGAUUUUAUUCGUAUGUGAAGGAGGAGAUCCCGGCUAGAUCGGAGGAUAGUUCGAGGAAACUUCGGCUGAGACGGAAGAAGUUCAAUUUUCCACAAGGAUUUCCGAAUUGUCAGGCUGUUGAAAACGCAGUGAAAAUGUAUCUGCAACCGUCAGUCUACCACACGAUGCCACAAAGUUCUGCUGCUCCAAGUCCAGUUAGUAUGGAAAAAAUCGAAUUAAUCCUGAAAAAAGAGUGUGGAUGGUCGCCGGAACGCCUUCAAAAAGAGCUAUCGACGAGUGAGAGACGGACCAGAAACAUCACGAAUACAGUAACCCAGCCAAGGAUUAAUGAGUUCUUCAAUUCAACGAAAAUGAAGAGUUUCUCGCCGAUUGUGGAGCCUUGUGACUCGUUGGACGACUAUAUUUCAUCGAAUAAUAACUGGGUGAAGAAGAGAAAACGGACUGGAGAGUCUCCGAAAGUCACGCCACAGAGGAAACGGAGUGCUAAAGUUUGCAUUCCCCACAAACCCAAUCACCAUGGGGUCAUCACACUCGACGACUCGGAUUGA